AUAUCUCAAACGCUGUUCAGGCUCUCUGCGCACAGCGAUCGCCCUGCGACGACUCCGCGAUUGCUGUCGCUCUCUCUCCGGCUCUCUGUUGGAUCUACGACGGAAGAAGAAGGCGAAGGGGGAGUGGUCAUCAGAUUCUUCGCUCACUGAAACAAGAAGCGCCUCCGAUCGAUUUCAUUUCUUUUUUUUCUCUUGGUUUUUGGUUCGUUGUCUAAUUGCUGUUUCUGGUUGCAGGAUUCUUAGGGUUUCUUCUUCCUCAGUAUAAUUUUUUUUUUUUUUUUUUGUCUUUGGUUUUCUCGGUUUUACUGAUACUAUGGAUGCAGGAAGUUUUUCGUCUUCUUCGAUGUCUGCAGGGAAAGUUCGAUCGCCGUCUCGUCCGCCUCUACAAAACGUUCCGUCCAGGCCUUUUCUGCCUUCCAUGCGUACAUCCUCUCGGAAUCCAUCUUCUCGUAACAAUGGUGACAGAUUCAUACCCAACAGAUCAGCUAUGGACAUGGAUAUGGCAUACUACCUGCUAACAGAGACGAAGAAGGAGAAGGGAAAUGAUCUCCAAGCUUCCCCAUCCAAAGUGGCAUACAGGAAACUUCUUGCUGAGAAUCUUCUCAAUAACAGAACAAGAAUUCUGGCUUUUAACAGCAAACCACCAGCACCGUCUCAGCCUUUCUUUCAAGAAGCGGAUGUCGUUUCUACUCAUAGUGUUAAGUCUGGGAAGCAACGUAGACAUAUUCCUCAAGCAGCAGAGAGAACUCUUGAUGCACCAGACAUCGUGGAUGACUACUACCUGAAUCUGCUUGAUUGGGGAAGCAGUAACGUGCUCUCUAUCGCCCUUGGGAAUACUGUGUACUUGUGGGAUGCUUCGAAUGGAGCUACUUCAGAGCUUGUGACUCUGGACGAAGACUCUGGCCCUGUCACCAGCGUUAGCUGGGCUCCUGACGGGCAGCAUCUUGCUGUUGGAUUGAACUCUUCAGACAUUCAGCUAUGGGACUCAACCUCAAAUCGUUUGCUGAGGACUCUGAAAGGGGUGCAUGGAACAACAACGGCAGGGAUGGAUGGAACUACAGGAGGAGCAAGGGUAGGAUCUCUGGCAUGGAAUAAUAACAUCCUGACUUCAGGAGGAAUGGACGGCAAGAUAAUCAACAACGAUGUAAGAAUAAGAAAUCAUGCUGUGCACACUUAUCGCGGCCACCAACAAGAGGUGUGCGGAUUGAAGUGGUCGGGAUCAGGUCAGCAAUUAGCUAGCGGUGGCAAUGAUAAUCUUCUGCACAUAUGGGACAUAUCCAUGGCAUCUUCUCAUCCAUCACCAGGCCAAACCCAGUGGCUCCACAGAUUCAGUGAUCACAUGGCUGCAGUGAAAGCUCUUGCUUGGUGCCCAUUUCAAAGCAAUUUGCUUGCAUCCGGUGGCGGUGGAAUGGAUAGGUGCAUCAAGUUUUGGAACACUCACACGGGUGCUUGUUUGAACUCGGUGGACACAGGCUCUCAAGUUUGCGCUCUCCUCUGGAACAAGAACGAGCGCGAGCUCCUCAGCUCUCAUGGAUUUACCCAGAAUCAACUUACCUUGUGGAAGUAUCCUUCCAUGGUGAAGAUUACUGAGCUCACUGGUCAUACUUCGCGAGUCUUAUUCAUGGCUCAGAGUCCAGAUGGCUGUACUGUUGCGUCCGCAGCUGGAGAUGAAACACUAAGAUUUUGGAAUGUCUUUGGAUCUCCUGAAGCACCAAAACCUGCUGCCAAGUCCACUGCACCAUUUGGCGGCUUUAAUCUCAUCCGAUGAGGAGUAGAGAAGAACAGCCUGCUAUUGCUGUUUAAGAGCUCUCUCUCGGAUACAGAUUUCAAGCUCACAGACUGCCAGCUGCUGCUGCGUGAUGGAUGAUGUAUUUUAGAAUUGAAUCAGUGAGAUAAAAAAAAGAAUCGCCGUGGAAAAGAAAUCACUGCGCAUUUGUAAAAUCUCUUUUACAAACUGGAAAUGGCGUUGAAAAACAAAAACACCUGGCAUAGUGAAAAGUGUUUGCUUCGAGCCUCAAAUGUGAGAUGAAACAUUAGUGCCGCAGAUGUAUGACUAAGGACGAAUUUGUAUUGUACGAAAACAAAGAUUAUUUCCUGUUUUUUUAAAAAAUAAAGAUGAAUUGUAAAUGUU